AUCUAGUCUUGGUUCGAUACCGAGAGUCGCAAGUCUUGCGUUGUUGAUAAAACUAUCAUCGCUAGAAACUUGUUCGUCCUUUUAAAAAUUGUUUAUUUAAUGACCGUUCGUUUUCAAUAACAACAAAGAUCUAGACCUAGGUUGAUAUUUGAAAAGUUCUAGUAUUAUUAAUGAAACCAACUUUUAAAUUUAGCCUUCAUUCUCCAAUGGAAAAUUUUUAAAUGCUUUUCUGGCAUAUAUAGAUAGCCCUGCCACCUAUAUUUUGUUGUUAUAAUGUGAAAACACAGCCAUUUUGCUCGUGGUAAACAUUUUAAAAAGUAAUUCGUAGAAGGUCACUGGAAUUUGGCAGAAAAAUCAUGGGAAGUCAUGCGUCCGGUCCAGACGUUGUUAGCAACUGACCACGCCUCCAAAUUAGCUAGUAAUACUAGCAUAUAGUAAAAUGUCUGACAUCAAAGAUGAAAAGAAAGAUGCUGAAGAGAAAGUAUAUGGUGGCAUUGAAGGUCCAAACUCCCAAUAUGUCAAACUGAUAUCUUCAGACGGACAUGAGUUUAUUGUAAAGAGAGAUCAUGCUUUAACAUCUGGAACCAUUAAAGCAAUGUUAAGUGGUCCUGGUCAAUUUUCAGAGCAUGAGAACAAUGAAAUAAACUUUAGAGAAAUUCCGUCUCAUGUCCUCCAGAAAGUGUGCAUGUAUUUUACCUAUAAAGUCAGGUACACAAAUUCUUCAACUGAAAUUCCAGAGUUUCCAAUUGCCCCUGAAAUUGCGCUGGAAUUACUAAUGGCUGCCAACUUUCUUGACUGUUAGUGACAUAGUUUUCAACCCAUCAUCUAGCGUGAAGAUAUUAAAAGCUAUUAUAAAAUACUAUUUAUAAAUUUUCUGGGCUUAUAGAAAAAUGUAGAGUGGAAGUCUAAGGGUUAUUUCUGUUAGAAAUGUUUAGGUAAAUGGCUGCUACAUUAAUCAAACAUUAGCUUGUCUUUACUUUAUGAUGUAAUGUAGAGUUUUUAUUUCUAAAGCUUUUAGAAUUUUGUUAAUAAAAGCUGGUGAAACACACAGCUAGAUGAAACCCUCAAAUUGAUAAAUUGCACCGGUUUCAUGUGCAAGCAUGAUACAAAGUAUUUUUUUUUUGAGUCAUUUUGUUUUUAGAAAUGUCAAAUUGUUUUCUCAUCUGUUGUGGUUUCUGUUUUUUCUUGGAAUUAAAAAUAUAUUUUUCUUGGAGGAAGAUUCGGAAGUGAAUUAUUUAAUUAUUUAAAAGAACUAUUUUCAAAGUUUUGUAAAAACUUUAAAAAGUGUAACUCAUGUGUGAACAACAUCUGUUUGUCUAACCCAGCUGUGGAGCUUUAUGUGAUGUAAGGCUCGUAAAAUGGCUGACAUUAUAACAUGACUGAAUGACUUGUUUUACAGUUCAGUUGUGUUCUACUUCACACCCAAGUGUAAAUGCUAAACGGGGACAGCUACAGUACAAAAUAAGUUUGGUUUCCUUUACUCUAGCUGUUUCUACUGGUUCUCAGUAAAUGUGGUUUGCCUAUUGGUUUCAUAUUUGUUAGCCAUCCUGAAUUUGUGUUGAGUUUCACAGACUUCUUCAGUUGACUGAAUUUUAGUGUGCAUUAGUGUUUGGUGGACAGACUGGACAAUACUUCUGGUACUUAAUCAAAGAAAAUGAUGCAGCAGGCUUUAAACUUGUAAACUGUAAUGUUUUAAGCUUCUAAAGGAAUGAGUUGUUUGUUUACAAAGUUUACGUUUGAUUGUAUUGACCGAUGGUAUCUAGUAGUUUAUCAAGUACAAACAAAGAAUGUUCUAAACUCAUAGGACAGAAAACUGACAGAACACAUGAAUGUUUUUUGUAAUAUUUUAUUACUGCAAUAAACAUUGCACCAUUAUGUGUCUAAUAUGAAACUAAAAAUUUUUAGAUAAAAAUUCA